UCUGUCGGAAAUCAAAAGCAGAAGCCCAAAAUGCUCUGCAGGACACUAUAGGCAAAAGGAGCUGAAACUCUGCAUGCAAUUCAGAGAAAAAGGCACCAGGCCACAACACUUCAGUAUAGCAGGCGGGACUUCACGCCGCUUCCAGUGAUCAGAAACUGUUUAUUGUAAUGUAGUUUGUUUUGCCCGUAUAGAUAUUAAAAAACUUAAAAGGAUAAUUGAGGGAAGAUGCUGUUCGAGAUUUCUCCUGAAAUGUAAAGCAUUGCUUCCACUUCUGUUGAUUGCUUCUGGCUGUCUGUCUUACAAAAAGGGACUAAUAUCAAAAUGCGUGAAACUGCUUUCAAAAUAAUCUUUAGCUGUGCUCCCAGCUUUUUCUUUUUUUCCAGAUGAUUAUCAUCCUUCCAUUUUUGGCAGUGUGAUCUGUUUCUAUAGCGACAGGGACAGAGGCAACAAUCAAAACGGGAGAGUGAUGCCUGCAGAUUUGUGUGGUUAAAACCAUCGGCUCAAUGUGAUGUUUUCCAGCAGUCCCAAGUGACUUGAAGUACCAAGACAAGAAACUCCUAAAAUUAAUCCUGAUUCAUUUUGUGUAGAUGAUAUAACCAAAGAAAUCUACAGGAAAAUAAACUUUUUUUUUUUUAAGCAUCAAUUAAUUACUUGAUUUAACAGAGUGAAGAACUGUCUGUGAGAGCAGCAGUACCCUUCAGCAUAGACAACUAACAAUGGGCUGCGUGGCUGCUUUUGAUGCAGAAGGGUGUGAGAGUCACCAGCACACCUUGGUUUAUCUGACUGCUUACACAUUUAUUAGAACAAUUUUUCCAAUUUAAUUUUGUUGAUACAAAUGCAAGAUGUGUGAUCUGAGAUACAAGGCUCAGAAGAAUUUUUGCUGAGUUGUGUUCCAGAACAGCUGUAGCCAGGAAGCCUUGUCCUUACCUGGCACUUGGGGCUGCCCCAUACAAAAUAGAUGAGAAUUGUUGCUUCUGUGUUUAUACCACUACAAGUACCAGUUUUUCAAAAGCAGAAGAGUUUUGCAGGCAUUAAUGAGGUGUGCCAAAUGUGACCUGAAGCUCAAGAACUAAUUAAUAGCAGGAAUUUGAAGAGAGUUUUGCUGGCCGGAUGCAGAUGUGUGUGUAGGUGGCUAGGCUGGAAAGAUGAGAUUCCUCAGGUGCAGCUUGAAACCUCUAAAUUACUGAGGUAAUGUAGGGAGGAAAGAUCUUGAAAACAAAAAUAAAACCAAAAGCACCAAAACACAACCUCUUGGGCAAUGCAAAACUAUUUUGUCUUAAGCUAAAUCUGGAUAUGUGUGUUUUCAAAAGAAUCUUUAAAUCGCAUUAAGGUAUUUCAUCCCUAAUGAAGCAUAGUUAGAAGUGUAGGAAUUUUAUUUGUUUAUUAGCUAAUUAGCUUGGCUAGCUGUUCAGGGAAAAACCCAAUACAACAUUUUGUAAUUACACAAGUGUGCUUCUUUCCAUGUAAAAGAGAAGUGAAAACUGCCACUACUAAAACAAUUCUGCUGAACUGAUCACAGCCUAUCUACCUGGAUUUCUGCACCUUUAAAAAUUGUACUGUAUAUGCUCAUAUUGCACUAAAAUCAUUUAUAUUAGCUUUCCCAAAGGAGAAGCAGAAGGUAAUUUCAUCAUGUUUGUGAAUUCAUUUCAUAACUAUGUAUGCCCUAAAGGAACAGUUAGGCUUCUUUUUCCCCAUCUGUUUACUAAAACCAUGCCAUUAUUAUUUGUUUUUUAAAUAUGUGAUUGUUAAUUAUUUUUUUAAAUGAUGGUAAUGAUUAUGAGGAACUUCUAUAACAAACAUGUAGGUAUUUGACAGAGAAGGAAAUACCAUCAUGCUAAGGGAAGAGAAUUGUGCACCUUGGACACUCACCCUCUCUCACUUUGAUAGUCACUCUUUGAAGUGACAAUCAAAGUUCUGUUUUUGCAAAUGUGUUUUGAGCAGAGAUGUAGCAGGUGGCUGUGCCCAGAUCCACCACUGCUGAUUCUAGUCCAUCUCAGACUGGUGGUGAUGCUGCCAUGUCUGUGCUGAAGGUGAGAGCUGGGUCUCACAGCAUGGCUCGUCUGGCCCGUCUCCCUGGCCUAGAGGCAGAGUUCAGGCAGGACAAUGAUGCAAGCCUGCCUUGGUCUAGCCUUCCCAAACCACGUUAAAGUCCGCUGGCAGAACAACUGCGGCGGCUGCUCCUGGCAGCAGCAGCACCGAGCGCACGCCGGGCCGCGCUCAGGGCUCGGUGGCUCCCGGCUGACGGCGGCAGCGGGGCUUCCAGCGGCGCCCGCUCCCGCCCGGUGCAGCGGCCGGUGCCGGGCUGCCCGGGGCUCCCGAGGGCGCUGCCGCGGCUGCCGAGUGUGUGCGGGACGUGCCGGCCGGCCCCGCGCCACAUGGCCGCCGCCAGCCCCGCGCCCCGGCCCCGACCCGGCCGCGGCCCCGCGGAGCCUGCGGGGCGGCCAUUGGGCGGCGGCGGCCGCUGCCUACGUGCGGCCGGCGGGCGGGGCGGGGCUGCGGGCACGGCGCUCGCAGCCGGCCAGGGAGCCGGGCACGGACCGACCCGCGCCUCGGUCCCCCAGCCCCGAGCCCCGACAGCCCCGCGCCCAACGAGGGGAAGCGAUGCUGAUGCUGGACUGCAGCUCAGAGUCUGGUAGUUUCAGCAACCUAUUUGAGACAGGAACCGGUGUGAACGCACCUGCAGAUGCCUCUGGUCAGUCUCCAGCUCACUUGGCUGCUUGUGGUGGUGAAGCUUUUUUCCUACUUUGGCAACUGCAGACAGGAGCAAAUUUGAACCAACAGGAUUGCCUUGGAGAAGCCCCGAUACAUAAAGCAGCGAAAGUUGGGAGUUUGGAAUGUCUUGCUCUCCUUGUUGCUGGCGAUGCUAAAGUUGACUUGUGCAACAACAGUGGACAGACAGCAGCAGACCUUGCACUGGAUUAUGGCUUUCUGGAAUGUGCCAAGUUCCUCAGGACAAUUCAGCACACUCAGACAAUGAAACUGAGAGGACAGUCUGGAUACUCGCUAAGUGACAGACAUGGCUUACAGAGAGAGAAUCCAACUGCAGAGAAACAAGAAAGUGAAACCAGCAGAUCCAUAAACAGGAAGAGGAGAAGAUCAGAUGGUAACAUGCCAUACUUUACUUCCCUGCAAUAUUGUAGUAAUAACUCCACACAGCACAUAGGGAUUGCAAAAUCCCUGGAAGAAUACAAGCAAAAACAAUACCCAAACCCCACCUUCAAGAAGCCCAACUCCAGCCCUCCAAAGACAACAAAAAUUAAACCACCCUACAAGAGAGCAUUACAGGGAAGGGUAAGUUACAGACAAAAAGAUUUUUCAAUACAGGACUCUACAUUCUUGAAAUUCAGACAAAAAGGCUGCUGAAAGGCCAAGAAUAUUGAACAGAAUCAUAGCAUGGUUUGGGUUGUGAAGGACUUUAAGUAUCACCUAGUUCCAACCCUCCUGCCAUGGGCAGAUCAUCUCCCACUGACCAGGUGCUCAAAGCUCCACUGAACCUGUCCUUGAGCCUUGGGCCACCCUCCUGGGACAUCCACAGCUUCUCUGGGCAGCUGUUCUGGUGCCUCGCCACCCUCACAGGGAAGCAUUUCUUCCUAAUAUCUAAUCCAAACCACUACCAUACCAAAGUCUGGACUUCUGGCACCUCUGUUUUGAGAAAGUUACACUGUAUUAUGGAAUGACAAAUACAGACUAAAAAUUGCUUAAAUUAAUGUUACUAAAGUUGAAAAUAAUAAUAUCAAUAUUAUUAAUUUCCUAAAACACAGCAUGGAAAAAAUAUUCAAUAAUGUUGCAGUAUUUUUACAAAUGGCACUUCUUAUCAUACCAAUACUUCAGAUUAUUAAAGCUGGUCUUAAAACAAAUUUGGAUAAUACCCUUCUCUUCCAAGCCAGAUAAACAGUACUCAUCUCUGAGGGGAAGUUUUAGGGAACUCUAUGAACUUCUGCUCUGGUACAGAAUGGAAGUCAGCUCAAGUUCUGACUUAAUAGAAAUUUAUAAAAACACCAUUUAGACUGACUUUUUUUACCAUGUUUAAUACUGAGCUUGAAAGAAAUACUAAAUAAAAAUAUACCAACCA